CGGCAGCUCCUUUUCUCCCGCGGCGUUGCCGUCGCACUCGCACGCACGCACUCACCGCCGGCCUGAGCCUAAUCCUAAUCCUAAUCCUAAUCCACAUACCGGGACAAUCCAGACGAACGAGCGAACCAACGCACGGACGGCCACCAGCCGCUGCGUGCGUUCGCUUUCCCCCGAAACGUGACCCGAGCCGAGCUGCAGAGAGAGAAAGGAGAAGCCGCCAUGAAGCAGCAGCAGCUGCAGCUGCCUCCUAGUCGUCAACGUUAAAUCCCUGCUCGCCAAGCCACUACUACGACUACGAGCACCAGCCCCAGUUUUUCUCCUCUCGCCCCCGUUCCCCGUCCCGACUCCCGACCCAACCCAUAUCAGAGGUUCCGUCCGUUGGUGGCGCUGGCGUUCCCGUGAGUCGGCCCGCGCGCGAAGGCGGCCGUGACCGACCGUCCGGAGCUUCAUGCGCCAGGGGCGGCGGCUCCACCCCGUCGUUUGAUGGGCAACGCAUGCGGCGGCGCCCUUAGAUCCAAGUACCAGCACAGCUUCAAGCACGCCGCGUCGUCGCAGCGCCGCGCCUCCUCCGAGUACAGCGCCAGCGCCGUGGCCGACGACUCGCCCAGGAAGCCCACGCAGCCGCCCGCCACCACGGACGCCCACGCGCCGCCACCGCCGCCCGCCACCGCCGCAGCCGCCAUGAGGCGCGGCGGGGCCGGCGCGCCGCCGGACCUGGGGUCCGUGCUCGGCCACCCCACCCCCAACCUCCGCGACCUCUACGCGCUCGGCAGGAAGCUCGGGCAGGGGCAGUUCGGCACCACCUUCCUCUGCACCGAGCUCGCCACGGGGGUCGACUACGCCUGCAAGUCCAUCUCCAAGCGCAAGCUCAUCACCAGGGAGGACGUCGACGACGUGCGCCGCGAGAUCCAGAUCAUGCACCACCUCUCCGGCCACACCAACGUCGUCGCCAUCAAGGGCGCCUACGAGGACCAGCUCUACGUCCACAUCGUCAUGGAGCUCUGCGCCGGGGGCGAGCUCUUCGACCGGAUCAUACAGCGCGGCCACUACAGCGAGCGCAAGGCCGCCGAGCUCACCAGGAUCAUCGUCGGCGUCGUCGAGGCCUGCCACUCGCUCGGGGUCAUGCACCGCGACCUCAAGCCCGAGAACUUCCUGCUCGUCAACAAGGACGACGACCUCUCGCUCAAGGCCAUCGAUUUCGGACUCUCUGUCUUCUUCAAGCCUGGUCAAGUUUUCACCGAUGUUGUUGGUAGCCCAUAUUAUGUAGCUCCAGAAGUUUUGUUGAAAAAUUAUGGACCAGCAGCUGAUGUAUGGACAGCUGGCGUCAUUCUUUACAUUCUACUAAGUGGCGUGCCUCCGUUUUGGGCAGAAACACAACAAGGAAUAUUUGAUGCUGUAUUGAAAGGUGUCAUUGAUUUUGAUUCUGAUCCGUGGCCUGUCAUAUCUGAUAGUGCAAAAGAUCUUAUAAGACGGAUGCUGAAUCCUCGCUCUGCCAAGCGCUUAACAGCACAUGAAGUUCUAUGCCAUCCAUGGAUUCGUGAUCAUGGAGUAGCUCCUGACCGUCCACUGGAUCCAGCUGUCUUAUCUCGCAUUAAGCAAUUCUCUGCAAUGAAUAAGUUGAAGAAAAUGGCUUUGCGAGUAAUAGCUGAGAGCCUAUCAGAAGAGGAAAUUGCGGGGUUGAAGGAAAUGUUCCAGACCAUGGACACUGACAACAGUGGCGCAAUUACCUACGAUGAACUAAAAGAAGGAUUGAGAAAAUAUGGUUCCACACUGAAGGACACUGAGAUUCGUGAUCUUAUGGAUGCAGCUGAUAUCGACAACAAUGGAACAAUUGACUACAUUGAAUUCAUCGCUGCAACUUUGCAUCUCAAUAAGCUGGAGCGCGAAGAACAUCUCGUGGCGGCCUUUUCAUAUUUCGACAAAGAUGGUAGUGGCUAUAUCACAGUGGAUGAACUACAGCAAGCUUGCAAAGAGCAUAACAUGCCGGAUGCUUUUCUUGAUGAUGUCAUCAACGAAGCUGAUCAGGAUAACGAUGGCCGCAUUGACUAUGGAGAGUUUGUUGCCAUGAUGACCAAGGGCAAUAUGGGAGUCGGUCGACGGACAAUGAGAAACAGCUUGAAUAUCAGCAUGAGGGACGCACCUGGUGCAUUCUGAAACUUAACACGAUGUACAGCUUGUGGCCUAGUCACUUCGGCCCUGUUUGUUUCGGCUUCUGGCAGCUUCUGGCCACCAAAAGCUGCUGCGGACUGCCAAACGCUCAGCUUUUCAGCCAGCUUCUAUAAAAUUCGUUGCGGCAAAAACCAUCCAAAAUCAACAUAAACACAUAAUCGGUUGAGUCGUUGUAAUAGUAGGAAUCCGUCACUUUCUAGAUCCUGAGCCCUAUAAACAACUUUAUCUUCCUCCACACGUAAUCGUAAUGAUACUCAGAUUCUUCCCACAGCCAGAUUUUCAGAAAAGCUGGUCAGAAAAAAGCCGAAACAAACAGGGCCAACUGUCUUGUCUUGCUGCCCUACCAAACCUUCUGCAAAAUUUUUUUUCAAGAUGUUUGUCAGGUGUAUGUGUGGAUGUGUUUUUUCUGAUUCAACUCUUGUGAUUGAUUCC